AAGUUACACAACAUUAUUACUUGCAAACUACCAGCUACUAAAAAUGGGAUUUACUUCAUUUAUUCUACUAAUUCUGUCAAUGGCGAUUGUGAGCUUCGGAGUUGAAGUGAAUGUCAUACAUGAAUGGAAAUACGCUGACUUUGAAUGGCGAAGUCAAGAGCAGAAGAAAGAAGCAUUAAGAUCCGGCUCUUACAAUCCACUGAUGUGCUUAUUCGAAGAUACAAGUAAAGCAGAUGAUGGUAGACUAUUCGUUACUGUUACUAAUAUAUAUGGCGCUGGUUCACCUGCUACUUUGACGACAGUAACUAAUAAAAUAGGACCAGGAGGUCCAAUUUUACGGCCAUAUCCAGAUUGGAGUUGGUAUAAUAGCAAUUGGUACAAUAGCAAAUGUAUGUGUGAUGGUAUUGUAAAUGUCUAUCGAACAAAUAUUCAAUGCAAUCACCUCAUCGUUCUGGAUAAUGGCAAAAUCGGGCAAUUCGACCAAGUCUGUAAUCCAAAACUGUUGAUCUUUGAUUUAAAAGAUGAUACACUUGUUAAAAGUAUUUAUCUUCCACUUGAUUUUGCUACUAAUCAAACAGGCUCUGGAUUAAUGAUAACGCCUUUGGUUUAUGCUCCCGGAGACUGCAAACAGUUUUUGAAUAAAAUGAUUGUAUUUAUGACUGAUACAGAAGGUUCAGGUUUAGUGGUGUAUGAAUCAUCUACAAAGCGUAUGUGCAGAGUCGAAUCUGAUUACAUGAAACCGGUUAAUACUUUUUUCUCUGUAGCAAAGCAAAAUUUUACUCAUGAAGGCGGAAUUUUCAGUAUAACAAUCGUUAAUGAUGAAUUAUAUUAUGUACCUAUAUCGGGAAAAGGAAUAUAUAAGAUAAAAAUAGAGGCACUACUAAAAUGUCCAAACAAGGAAGAGGCUAAUAAACAAAGUAAACUAGUGACUAAAUUAUCAAGCCAAACAGCAGUUAUUACAUCAACGAAAAAUUCAAUAUUUUAUAGCAAUUACAGGGAAAUGUCUAUUCUAGGCAUGAACGUCUGCGCGAAAUUUAAUAAAAUCGCGGUGGAAAUAGCGCAAGACAACGAAAAAUUUCAAGUUAUAAGUUCGAUGAAAGUUUCAAAUUAUUGGAAUAGAAUGAUAUGUAUGUCAAAUAGAUAUCAACAUUUCGCUCUGCAUACAUUAAAUUUAGGUGUUACAAACUUCCGUUAUUUUGAAAUAAAAUUACCAGAAAUAAAGAAAAUUAUAGAUUAG